AACUAAACUGUGUAUCGGCUUUGCUCCAAAACUAUUUUUAGCAUAAACAAAAUAAAAUUGCUUGGAAAAGCACUACAAAAUGGCACUUGAACUAUUGUCCACUACCAAAUGCUUCGAAGGAGAGCAACGCGUCUACAAACAUCAUUCCAACACAUUGGGCUGCGACAUGACCUUUGGUGUCUACUUGCCACCAGCGGUUAUUGAAGAUAAGACCCAAUGUCCAGUGCUCUAUUUUCUCAGCGGCUUGACAUGUACUCAUGAAAACUUUGUACAGAAGAGCGGGUUUCAGGAAACCGCUGCGAAGCACGGUCUUAUUGUGGUUAAUCCGGAUACUUCGCCACGCGGCGUAGAGCUGCCUGGGCAGGAUGAUGCUUACGAUUUUGGAAGUGGUGCCGGCUUCUAUGUAGAUGCCACAGAAGAGCCUUGGUCUAAGCACUAUAAGAUGUACAGCUAUGUUACCCAAGAGCUGGCUGAUGUCGUCAAUGCUAAUUUUUCUACUUUGCCCGGCAAGCAAGGCAUUUUUGGACACAGUAUGGGUGGACAUGGUGCCUUGAUUUGCGCUUUAAAGAAUCCCGGUCUUUAUCAAUCGGUUUCAGCAUUUGCACCCAUUGCAAAUCCAUCGGAAUGCCCUUGGGGUAAGAAGGCUUUUACUGGCUAUCUGGGCGCUGAUACUUCAAGCUGGGAGCAAUGGGAUGCAACUUAUUUGGCCUCCAAAUAUGUUGGCCCGCCUCAGGAGCUCUUCAUCGAUCAAGGCUCUGCAGAUAAUUUCCUAGUCGUAAAGCAACUGCUGCCGGAAAAGUUGUUGGCAGCCGCUGCACCCAACGAUCAUAUUCAGACCAUAUUCAAACAACGCGAUGGAUACGACCAUAGUUACUUUUACAUAUCUACUUUUGUGGCGGAGCAUAUCGCAUAUCAUGCCAAGUUGCUCAAGGCCUAAAAGCAUAUACAUAUGUAUAUGUAACUCUCAUUAAAUAUUGUUUUUGAAACAUUAAUAAAACCUGUAUAUA